AUGUCUGGAGCAGCUGAUCGCGAGGCCGUGUUCCCUACCCGGCAGUCGCUGGGUAUCAUGAAGGCGAAGCUCAAGGGAGCUGAAACGGGGCACAGCUUGUUGAAGAGGAAGAGCGAGGCUCUCACAAAGCGAUUCAGAGAGAUCACGAGGCGCAUCGACGAGGCAAAGCGCAAGAUGGGCCGGGUUAUGCAGAUCGCGGCCUUCUCCUUGGCCGAGGUGACUUAUGCCGUGGGUGGAGAUAUUGGAUAUCAAGUGCAAGAGUCGGCGCGCUCUGCUCGCUUCCGCAUCCGUGCGAAGCAAGAGAACGUCUCCGGUGUGCUUCUGCCGGCGUUUGAGAGCUACCUGACCGAGGGCAACAACGACUUUGCCAUGACCGGAUUGGGCAAGGGUGGACAGCAAGUGCAGAGAUGCAGGGAGACGUAUGCUAGAGCCGUGGAAGCACUGGUAGAGCUUGCCAGUCUGCAGACUGCCUUUGUCAUUCUGGACGAGGUGAUCAAGGUUGUCAACCGAAGAGUGAACGCCAUCGAGCACGUCAUUAUCCCUCGCACAGAGAAUACCAUCAAAUAUAUUAACUCAGAGCUGGAUGAGCUGGACCGAGAGGAGUUCUAUCGACUGAAGAAGGUUGCUAAUAAGAAGCAACGGGACAACGCCGCUGCAGAUGAGGAGAUGAAGGCUAAGCGGGAAGCACAAGCAGCCCAGGGCAAGGCGGCGGCACAGCAAGACGAGGACAAUGCCCCGGCUGAUAUGUUGGCUGCGGACGAGGACGACGAUGUCAUCUUCUGA